CCGGUUGCAUCGGUCGAGCGCAAUCUUCAUCUCGGGGAGUGCGGGGGAGACCGACUCUCUCACUCUCUCUCUCUCUCUCUCACUCUCUUCAAUUCGGCUUCGCGAGCUUCCCGUUCAAAUCGCGUUGCGGCGUCGACAGAGAGAUCUGAAGGCGAUGGCUUUUCUUCUUCCUCUGCGCGGAAGCUCGAGCGUCGGAGCUCUGUCCAGAGACGGACCGGUCUUGCCGGUGGAUGCCUCGGCUCUUCUUCCGUCGUCGCGUCGUAAUUCGAGAGCACCCAUUGAUUUAUUCGGAGGAAGGUCUUCUGUCAGAAGCUUUCAUGUUGAGAGACGUUCUUUUUCCUCCAGAAGUGGAUUGGACAGGAUGAUGCCUAAGAGGACGAAAUUUACAAUUCCCAGAAGUGGCGGUUCCUCGAACUCUAGCAGUACCAGUGAGGGUUCCUCUGAUCAGGGCAAGGCUCCUUUUGGAUACAGCAGGAAGGACGUUCUAUUGAUUGGACUUGGAGUCACGGUUUUUGGCAUUGGCCUAAAAAGUGGAUUGGAGUUUGCUGGAGUUGAUCCUCUACAAGCAGGGAAUGUUGUCCAGCUAGUGCUGGUAUUGGGAUUAACUGUCGGAUGGAUAUCCACUUAUAUAUUCAGGGUUUCAAACAAGGAAAUGACCUAUGCUCAGCAACUACGUGACUAUGAAAACAAGGUCAUGGAGAAGCGCAUAGAGAGCUUGACAGAAGCUGAGCUUGAAGCUUUGCUGGAACAAGUGGAGGAAGAGAAGAGACGCUUAGCGAGCGGCGAGCAAGUCAACUAAGUACACAUGCCAUCUGUAUAUAAUAUGGGAUCAAGUCUGCCCCCACAUGUAUUGUGUAGUGAAAGUCACCUAAAGAUUGUUGCUUACACAUGUUAAUUGUCCUAGUGCUUUCUUCACGAAGAAGCCUACCUUUGGGUCGAUAAA